AUAUUUAACAGAAAUUCGUAUUAGUAACACACAAAAGCAAAAAAAAAUGCAUAAACGAGUAUAAGCAAAAUUAAAAUAGUAACGCUUUUGAGACAUUGAUAAACGAUGCAGCAUACACUCAUACACUGCCUGUUGCUAGCUCUACUCGCAGUGUUACUGCUGUCGACUAGAGCAUAUGCCCGAUUUUUGCCCCCCCCAGUGGCGAUCCGGCUACCAGCCAUUAUUGCAGGCAAGAGCGAGAUGUCCAUACUGCCACCCCGAUCAACCGCAGCCGCUGUGGGGUCAACCAGAGUCAACUCCCCUGUCAACACCAGCUCCCCUGAGAUCCAAAAAGAGUCAACGAAAAUUGUGGCACGAGCAGCAAUAGAAGGAGCUUCCGCUGUGAAGCACAUUCGUCGAGCGAAGCGAGAACUGAUUGUGGAUACCCCGUACGACUUUCACACUACGCACUUGUUCUGUGACAUCGACAUGCGGGGCAGGCACCGCCUCAUCAGGUAUUUUCCGAACCACUGCAUUUGGGUCUGGAACAACAAGUACGUCCACGAGGGAUUCUACCGCCUCUAUAAGAUGUACCAGCUGGAGGCCUUCACUUUUGGCCAGUACGCUUUGCGAAUGUUCCAGCUAGAAUAUGACAAUUACGAGCCAGUCGUGCAAUGGGGAACGUGAAACUGUCGGAGAAAAAAACCAGAAAGCGCUGAUAUUGAAAAGAACGCCACAGAAAUAUCUUGGUUUAUACAAAUAUCUUGGAGAUAAGAUCUUUUUCCGUGUACCACUUUUAAGCUAUGUUUGCUAACAAGAGUUUAAUUAAAUUAACAGAAAUUCGUAUUAGUAACACACAAAAGCAAAAAAAAAUGCAUAAACGAUUAUAAGCAAAAUUAAAAUAGUAACGCUUUUGAGACAUUGAUAAACGAUGCAGCAUACACUCAUACACUGCCUGAUGCUGGCUCUACUCGCAGUGGUAAGUUGUUCAGAUCUUCCUUUUGUAAGCGACUGAUUUAUCCGGUAUACCAUGGACACAGUUACUGCUGUCGACUAGAGCAUAUGCCCGAUUUUUGCCCCCCCCAGUGGCGAUCCGGCUACCAGCCAUUAUUGCAGGCAAGAGCGAGAUGUUCAUACUGCCACCCCGAUCAACUGCAGCCGCUGUGGGGUCAACCAGAGUCAACUCCCCUGUCAACACCAGCUCCCCUGAGAUCCAAAAAGAGUCAACGAAAAUUGUGGCACGAGCAGCAAUAGAAGGAGCUUCCGCUGUGAAGCACAUUCGUCGAGCGAAGCGAGAACUGAUUGUGGAUACCCCGUACGACUUUCACACGUUGCACUUGUUCUGUGACUUCGACAUGCGGGGCAGGCACCGCCUCAUCUGGUUCUUCCCGAAUCACUGCAUUUGGGUCUGGAACAACAAGUACGUCCACGAGGGAUUCUACCGCCUCUACAAGAUGUACCAGCUGGAAGCCUUCAGUUUUGGCCAGUACGCUUUGCGAUUGUUCCAGCUAGAAUAUGACAAUUACAUGCCAUUUUUCUAUUGAUGACUGACCGCUGUCAGGACCUUUUCUUUCUGGCAUGCCAUGAUUACCUCGGAUAACAUCUCUCAGCUCGCUAUUAUGAUACGCCAUACACACAUUCAUUUGAUAUAAGUGUACAAUUUGAACUCAAAUCAAAGAAACCGCCAAAGAAAAAUCAGCCGUAUAGUCUCAUACCAGCACACA